GCUUACAUCAUAAUACAGCGCGGUGACUGCGAUUGAAACACAGAGCUAGUUGUAAACAUUACUGUCUAGCGUUAUUGUGGCUUGAAUAUGUCCGGCAGGGGCAAAACCGGAGGAAAGGCCCGAGCUAAGGCCAAGUCUCGUUCAUCCAGAGCUGGACUUCAGUUUCCAGUGGGUCGUGUCCACAGACUGUUACGCAAAGGGAACUACGCGGAGCGGGUAGGCGCGGGGGCGCCCGUGUAUCUGGCCGCUGUGCUGGAAUACCUGACUGCUGAAAUCCUCGAGCUGGCCGGAAACGCAGCGAGAGACAACAAAAAGACCAGGAUCAUCCCCCGCCAUCUGCAGCUCGCCGUCCGCAACGACGAGGAGCUGAAUAAACUUUUAGGCGGCGUUACCAUCGCCCAGGGCGGAGUGUUGCCAAACAUCCAAGCUGUUCUUUUGCCCAAGAAAACCGAGAAACCAGCCAAGAGCAAGUGAUGGGGCUUCGUGAUCGAGGACACUGCUAUCACGGCUCCACACAGCGGUGCCACCAUUUUGAGUCUCUAAAGUAACAUUUUUUUUUCUUGUUCUCGCUUGAUUCUGCAUUGUCUUAAUUUGAUUUGUUUCUCGGAGAAAUGCUUGUAUAUGAGGCACCGUGUCCACAUCGAGAUGAACACUAACCACUACUGGCUACAAAGCGGCGGACAUGUUCAACCUGGCCAUGAACAAAGGUGGACUGUGAACGGAUUUAAGGAAGAAAAACAUGGGCUGAACAUUAGCAUAUACUCUUUAGUAGUUUUUAGACCAGUGCUUGUUGUCGUUCUCGCUGCUUUGAAGUGACACAUUUGUUUUUUUUUCCUCCUGUUUUAAAUUCAAUAAAUGUUGAGAGCCUGAAGAAGGCACAAAGA